ACUGAUCUGCCAUUUUGUAUCUUCACGUUCUGGUCAGACGAAGUUGGUUGUCAACGAAGAAGGAAGCAAAUAUGUUCACUCAAUUUGUUAAUUUGCACCUUUAAUGAAAGUAAAUUUGAGUUAGUCUUGUUUGGGUAGACUGACGUAAGUCGCGGUCGGUUGACUGCUCUGGUUGUAACCAGUUAAUUAUCGUGUCAGACUUCAUUUUGUUUACCUUUUUUCUUUAGCAGGAGAGCUAACGACGUUAGCCGUUAGCCAGCUAGCUUAGCUAGCGAGCAGCUGCCCAAACGUUAGCUUCCUAACGUUCACUGGCGAAAUGGCCGCCAACACGACACAAGCAACCCCUACUACAAACUGGUCCUAUGGCGGUGCGGCGGAUGGCCAGGUUCACGAAAACCCAGAAUGGGAAAAGGCUAGACAAGCACUAGCUUCUAUUAAUAAGAGCCAGAGCUCUGCCAAGACUGCACAAGCCAACCGGACAGCAACAGCAGAGGCCGGUCAGUUUCAGCCUGCGGUGACAGACUCUGCUGCCAUUCAGCAGCAGCAGCAACAGCAGCAGCAGCAACAGCAGCAACAACAGCAACAGUACUAUCCAUGGUACCAGCAAACUCAGCAGCAUUAUCCUGGAUAUACAUACCCCUAUAAUAAUUACUACUACCCCAUGGGUCCAUAUGGAGCUGCAUAUCCACCAAAUCAGUAUGGUGUACCCCCAGGGCCUUAUCCGGGAACUCCCACCUCUAAUGGACAGCCUCCUCCAGUGCCUGGAAUGGAAGACCAGUCCUCUGGCUACCCCUCUCAACCACAACCCCCUCCCCCUUCAACUCCCCAACCACCCCACAGCCCGACCACCUCAGAGAAACCCCCUCCUCCUCCUCCCCCACCUAUUCCUCCCCCACCAAACUCCCAAUACCCCCCUCCUCCAUCCCAAAAUGCUUACACUGCCAAUAACUCCAUGCCAUACCCACCUGGUGACCCCAGCCAAAUGCAGGUUUACAAUCAUUCCCAGGGAAGGCCGAACUAUGGACAAGGCUUCCAGGCACAGAACACCUAUCAACCCCCUCAGAAUAACUCCCAGCAGCAGCAGCAGCAGCAGCCAGGCCAGUAUGUACCAGGGCUCGGCAGAGGAGAUGCAAACAAAAACAAAAACCAAAAACAAGGACAGCAGCUGUGGCACCGCAUGAAACAGGCACCUGGGACAGCUUCAGUGAAGUUUAAUAUUCACAAGAGGCCCUAUCAGGUUCAGUGUUCUCCAAUGUCGAAUCAGAACUUCCCUCCAGGCGAGCAGCCCACAGGAAUGAAUCCAACCCCUUCUUCCCCGUCUACUGCCAGUGCUGCAGCUGGAGGUGCUCAGACACGACCCCAGGACUGGCCUCAGGCCAUGAAGGAAUAUGUGCAGCGCUGUUUUACUGCCUGUGAGACGGAGGAAGACAAAGACCGUACAGAGAAGGUGCUGAAGGAAGUUCUGCAGGACCGGCUGAAGGAUGGCUCUGCUUACACCAUUGACUGGACUCGUGAGCCAUUGCCAGAUCUAAAGGUCAAGCAGUCACGGUGGGAAGCUGUUCCUUCCCAGAGGUCAUCAGAUGGCUCAAUUAGUCGUGGUGGUAGUACAGUGGCUGCAUCUUCAAGAGGCAGGGGUGGAGGACACAGAUUGGGCCACUACAGGAAUAUAUUUUCUCAAAGGAGUCCAUCUUCUAGUUCGUCUCGUUCCUCCUCCCGCUCCCCAUCCCCCUCCCAUGGCCGACACAGGGAUCGCAGCAACCAAAGGCACAGACGCAGUGAUUCUGGCUCACAGUCAGACAGCAGCAUCUCCAGUGAUCUCCGACCUCAGCUGUCACGACGCCAGAGAGGUGCACGUGGUCGUGGUAAUGACAGGGAUAGAGGACGUGGCGGUGGAGAGAGAGGACGAGGAAGAGGAGGAAAAGCAAACAGAGGAAGGCGAAACAUGGACGAUUCUAAUGCGCCUGGUGGAAAGAAGAGGAAAGGUGGCAAUGCUGGUCUGGAUUUCCACGACCCCAACAGAGAAGCCAAGAAGCAGAGCAGAGCAGCUCGCUUCCACAAGCAGCUUCGCUCCGAGCCCCUGGUCCUCUCCAUCAAUGCCCUGGACCUACCGGACGGGACACAGGAGGGCCUCAGCUGGGAGGACUGCCCCAUUGUGGGAACGUGUCAGGACAUCACCAAACACUACCUGAGGCUCACCUGCGCCCCAGACCCGUCCACUGUGCGCCCUGUGCAUGUUCUGAGAAAAUCUCUACAGGCUGUGAAAGUACACUGGAAAACCAACCAGGACUACACCUACGCCUGCGAACAGAUGAAGUCAAUAAGACAAGACCUCACGGUCCAAGGGGUUCGUACUGAAUUCACAGUGGAAGUGUACGAGUGUCAUGCACGCAUUGCUCUGGAAAAGGGAGAUCAUGAAGAGUUCAACCAGUGCCAGACCCAGCUGAAGGCACUGUAUAAGGACAAUCCCUCAGAAAACAUUGGAGAGUUUACAGCAUAUAGAUUGCUGUAUUACAUUUUUACUAAAAACUCUGGAGACCUGACCACUGAGUUGGUGUACUUGACCCCGGCAUUACGGGCAGAUCCUUGUGUGGCUCAUGCUCUUGCACUCCGUGCUGCUUGGGCAUUGGGAAACUUUCGCCGUUUCUUUAAGCUGUACCAGGAAGCUCCCCGCAUGGCUUCAUACCUCAUUGACAAGUUUGUCGAGAGGGAAAGAAAAGUUGCACUUCGGGCCAUAUUCAAAACGUUCAGGCCUGACUUGCCGGUGCAGUAUGUGCAGUCCACUCUGGGCUUCCAAUGUUUAGACUCCUGUAUGGCCUUCCUUACUGGGCUAGGUGUCACUUUCUUCCCUUGUGACCCCGAAAAGAUAGACUGCAAAACCAGCACAGCUGCUUUGGCUGCCUCCUGAGAGGGUGGGGGGUUAGCACCAUGAAGGGAGAGUUUAGGGACCAUCACGAACCCUGAGAUAUACAAUGCACUGCACUUAAGACACCUCAGCCUGUUCAGAUAGAGUAGUUGGCAGACUAUCCGCUAUCUAAGACCAACACAGAAAGAUACAUGCAAGAAUACUCUGCUGCAACAUUCAGAUUUUACAUCUAAUUUCUGACACAUUUUGAACAUGAGGAGUCCGCACACAUUGUCACUCAAAUAUUGUAGGUUAGCUUAAAGCCCAAGUUACCUCAUUGCAUUUCUAAUGCCAGAAAAGUGAGUGGGAUUAAUACCAGGCCCAAGAAAUCACAGAUGCAGAUCAGGGAGGCCCCUCAUGGUUCCUGUUCCGUAACCACCAUCAGAUGUCAAAGCUAACAGUGUUCUGUUAUGUUUUUUUCCUUCCUCAAGUCAACAGCUCCAAGAUCUGAAGAUUCAAGCCUUGACAGCCAAAAGGGAAAUACAAACAGCUCUUCCUCAAGUUGCUCAUCCAGCUAUCUCCUGUUUAAAGUCAAGCCUACAGAUUCAAAUCAACUAACAAGCUUCUCUUAGAGACUGUGAGACAUCACAGAAAGAGAAGAUGCCAGCAGUUAUUCUGAAAGAAGAAGAAGAAGAGGUGGUGGUGGUUUGUAUGUGCUGUCCUACGCCCGGUUUCAUCAAGGUAUCUACAGUUGGCUGUGCAUCCUGUUCCUUUUCCCACAAUCAUACGGCCUGUGAGAGCAGUGGACUGAAGUCUUGUUCCUGAUUGAAUUAAGUUGUAUUUAUUCGCUGGUUAGUCAUGAAAUAGUUGGCCAGCUUUUCGGAAAAAGGCUCAGUCUGAUGAGCAUUGACUUUGUCUAUGAUAAAGGAUGCAGGCAAGUGUUCUUCAUCAAGGUGAUCUCCUCUCCGUACCCCCGAAGCGCCAGCUCCAGAUUCAAAGCAGCCAGCAGCAGAGAGGGAAUCUGCCUCUGUCAUCCUCAGGUAGAAAUCCUGCCAGCACCUGGAAUCCAGCACAGCUCGAUCCAUGCAGCAAAGCGAUGAAGCCCCUCUGUCGUCCACAUUGGCCGUCCUAACCUUACCACCUGAGCUGAGCUGCCAUCUUUAAAUACAGCUGAAGGUGAAUUCUGUGUGGUGGAGCAUCAGCGGGAAACGUGCUGCUGCGACAAGGAGAAACGACGAGUGGUUUGUAUGCUACAUCUGGCUCUGGUGUUUGAAGGCUGGUAAGCGAAAGGGACUUCUCUGGAAGGAAGUGGAUGACGGCACAGCAGAGCCUCACAUUUCUUCUGUGUUCAUUGUUUUAUGUCUUGUGUUUUUGGACAGCAGUGUUGGCCUUUCUGUUGGCAAAAGAAAAAGGAAUUAUGGCAGACUUUUAUUGAUAUAGGACAGAUGAAUUAAGUGUCAUAACAAUUUGACAAUAUCAUCAAAUGCCAGAAAUGGCACCAGUUCGAUCCCAAUAACCUUGAAUGUCAUAUGGUAAAGUAUUUAAUCCAAAUAUGAAUUUAAAAACUGAUGUAGACAGUCAUUUAAUAAACAGGGAGAUGCAAGUUGAGUGAAGGCUAGUGCUUUUAUAUCCAUUUUCUCACGUAGUUAUAAAACAUUUAAUCUGCGGUUGUAGCCCAUUUACACAAAGUGAAAAAGUUUCCGUGGCAGUGGACUUGCUUCUAUCUGAUUUGAUUUUGGUCCAUUUAUCUUAAGCAGUUUUGUGCUAUUCAGGACCUAGAACACUAUUGGUCGUAGUGCACACUAUUUUAGGUGAUAAUUGGGAAAGAUUUGUUUGACAAUACUUAAAACAGUGAUUGGAUUGCUAGAUAUCAACAAACCUUCUCACACCGACCACACACAUCUGACCAUUUGGGUCCUCAGAAUGAUUGAGAUAAAAUUGAAAACAAAUCAGCAUUUUUCUCAAAAACUUAAUUCGAGGUUGUUUUUUUAUUAUACUUUGAAAAGUAUUAUUACCACUGUAGAAAUAUUGAGCCUGAGGUGUUGAAGAUUGUAGUGUAACUGACCAGAAGAUUAGUGGAAACAGGCUUGCUGUACAAUCUACACGUUUACUUGUCUACAGAGUAUAUUUUUGUAAAUACUGUAUAAUAUUGCUGUGAUUUCUUUUCACAUAGUGUAUAGUGUAGGGUUUUUUGUUCACACAUGGGUAAGUGUGAUUUUUUUUUUUUUCUCCUGUGUUUUGCAAAACUACUCAGACCAAUGGUGUGAAUAUGUAAAAUUUAAUGCAGACAGGUCUGGAUUGAUUUGUGUGCUAUGUCUUCAUCAUUAGAGUGGAUUUGAUCAUUGCCAGUUUCCAGAGCUAGUUUCUCCCACAUCCUCUAAACAGCACAGGCUCUAAAAAAAACCCAAAUUGUGGCAAGAUAGAAAAGAUCAAUUUCCAGUUUUCUGACAAAUGUCAUUGUUAAAAUUGACCCUUUAGGCAAAAAUAACACAAUGCUGCAUUUGUGCCUGUUUCGGCAGUUUAGUGUUGGCAAAUUGUUCCAUGCAAAGCUGAUAUUUAUUCAGAGAUGAAUGGGACUGCUAUUGUCAAACACGUAAUGUUAACAGCUUCCACAAAGGGACAAAAAGAUUGACAAAAUGUUCUUGUAAUCCUGGAUCAUUAAUUUCUUUGUCAAACUGUUCAUUGUUGACCAUUAUUCCAGCUUGUAAUGACAACGAUCUCAACAUGUUUUCUUUCUUCCCUCUUCAUUUACCUGAUCCCCUGUCCUCUGUGCUAUUCCCUCCCCUCACUCCCUGAACCUCCCUCUCACACGCCACCAGCUCAUAAUACUGCUGCAUUGCAGGAGCACACGGAGGAUAAGUGGGCGAACCACCUCCAGACGCCAGCCGGAGAGAGUGAAUUGUGAGCAAUCCAAGUCUUGGUUUGACCCACUCAAGCUCACAGCUGAUGAAUUUCAUGGGAGCCUAAUAUAAUGAAAUGUAGAAAAUGUUGACGCUAAAGUGAUCUGCUGCUAACCAAAACGUUUAAAAUGUUCUUUUCUGUGCAACAUGAUACCUGUAUAGUUUUUAAAAAAUGCUUGAUGAUUGAAUUCACCAUGUACUGCUGUUUUCUGUCUGUCCAGAUGCAUUUAUACUUUUUUUAAUAAUUCACCCACAUUUGUUUGCUGGUAAAAUUAGUCAUGUAGCAUUUGUUUUCUUUCACCCUGUUUCUUAAUAGUUGGUUAUAACUUGGCCCUUGUUUUCUUGAUGGACAGACCUGCUUAAGUCAGUCAGUUUCAGUAGAUCCUGCUUUUAUAGUAUAAUCCCCCAACUAAAAAAAAUGUGUCUGGACAUACAGAACAUGCUAUUAUCCUCAAAAUUCACCUACAUUCAGUAACAUUUUUUUAUUUUUCUUGGUAUUCAGUCUUUAGGCAAAAGUUUCUCAUUUGCUGGCGCGUGCUCCCAUGCUAAGAAAUGAACUUUUGGUUCCUCAUGUGAACGAGCUUGACUGACUUGUUUGUCGCCUUUGGUUUGUGUAAAUGUUAGAUCCUUAACAAAUAGACGAGUGUGUACAUCUGAUGUCUCAGGUUUUCAGCUUUGAAACAGGCCAGGAUGUUCGCUUUGUUGUUUUUUUGUUUCUUUUCUUUUUUUAGUAGAGAAUUCACCUCAGACAACUAACAAUACACAUUUUCAUUUUGAAUGUUUUGUUCUUCCUCUCCAAUGCCUGAGUCAUGUUUUCAGUAUUUUUUGCUCCCAUGUUACUGUAUACCUCCCAUCAGUCUUUGUAACUCCUUCCUUGAUAUUUACUGGAAAACUCCCUCCGUCCCCCAACUCUGCUCUCAUCCUUUCCUACCAUUCCCUUUAAGUUAAUCUUUUUUCCCACUUUAUCUUACUCCCUCUCCCUGCAUGCUGUCCUCUCUUCUCUCUGACAAAUCUCUAACCAGUAUUUCUUCCCCCCUCAUUCUUAUCUCUUCCUUUUAUGUUGAGUAUGUUUGUGACCGCUUGCCCUGUGCAGUUAGUCACUCUCACUAGUAAGUAUUGUAUUGCGUCUGCAAUGCUUCAGUAGUUAAUUUAUGUUGCCGCUCACUAACAACUGAAGCUGAAGGUUUAUCUGCAAUGCCUCCUCCCCAUCUACAGAUCUGACAUGAUAAACUGCCAUUUUGUAAAUAUUGUGUAUAUAUAUUUUUGGAAAAAAAAACUAAUAAACUUCAAGUAUAAAGAGCACAA